AAUUAAUGAACCUGAUUCAGAUAGUUUAGUAUCUACGGAUAGUUUGGUAUCUACAGAUGGCUUGGUAUUUACCAGUAACAAAUAUAUUAGAUCCAAUAGCAAUGAUAAUUCUGGAUGUAAUAGUAAUAAUGCUAAGUUAGU